AACCGCGUGCGGCGCAAGCGCCAAAUACGGAAACGAGGAAGAAGAGAAGCGCGAAGAACGAGUUGCACUGCCGCUACCAGCCAUCAGCGUUUUCAGAGACCUUGCAGAGGAGGCUUGCUCAGAAGUUGUACUCGGGGCUCCAGCAUGGAAGGUAAUAAGUCACCACAGGAGUCACCCAAAGGAGACUCGAAAAGUCCCAAGGGGACAAGUUCCCCAGAGAAAGAAGGAAGCGAUGGUCCUAAAGAAGGGGGGGAAAGUCCGAAAGCAGAAGCCGAAAAGCAUGAAGCAGAAGGCGAUGAAGAAGAAGAAGACGGGAAGGGAGGCGGGGUCGAGAAAGGGCACGACGAGGAAAGCGAGCACGAGAAAGGCCACGAAGAGGAAAGCGAGCAUGAGGAAGGCGACGAAGCGAAAGGUGAGGGCAAAAAAGGAAAGAAAGAACACGAAGAGGACGGAAGCGGUGAAGGUGGAAGCGUGGAAGAGGGCAGCGAAAAAGGCGAUGAAGGCAGUGAGAAGGGCGAGGACGGAAGCGAAGAAAAGGGUAGCGACAAAGGCGAAGGAGACGAGAGCGACGGAGGGGACGGUAAGGGUGACCAACAAGGGAAAGAAAAGGAAGCCGAGAAAGGAGAAGAGCAACCAGAAAAAAAGGAAGAGGGCAAAGGAGAAGGUGGAGAACAAGGAGAGGAAGAGAGCAGUUCAGAGAGCGAGAGUGAAGUAGAGACAACUCCCGAGGCAAUCGUACAGGCGAUGUGCGUACUCAAGGUCGUUCUCUUAGUUGGUUUGUGUGCUGGCGCCGGAUUCGCGCUCCAUCUAAUGAAAGAGGCCAACAAAAGAGCUGUUGACUCGACGACCAACGCCACCACCCCGCUAUUGGAUGCAAACGAAACGCCGCCGGCAAGCGCCAAUAGUUCCAAAGCCGUGCACAGAGUCAAUCUCCUCGACAUUAUAGAUUACGAUACAUGAAUAUGAGGGCACGUCGAUAAUUGAAUCGUUAAUUAUACAACGUACGUUUUCGUUUGAGAAUGUUAAUUAAACCUGAUUCCUA